ACAGCGCAGAUAAGAAAACUUUAAACAGGAAGAGUCCUUGCUGCUGCUGCAGAUCCCUGACUUCUACCCAGAGUGAACCCGUGUGCUACACAAAAAGCAAGAACAACAGCUAGCUGAUUAAUCCUCCAGCAAGAGCCUGCUCUAGGAAGAUCAGGUUGCAAUCCUUCCUUUGCAGCUUUGCAUCACACCCUUUCAAUGUGAAUUAGCAGGGGAGGAUUUUAUUCAGCAUUGAUUCAGGAAUUCUUUCUUCAAGAACUGUUGCUAGGCGUUCGGAAAGAUGAAAGGAAGAAAGAAGGGCUGUUCCUUGCCUUUAACCUUUAUCUUGCUGUUCGUCUGUAUCACUGGGCAUGCAACUACUGACUUAGAUGACAGAGAAGACGACGAUGUCCUGGGUGCUGCUUUGCCACCACUGAAACUAGGGCAUUCAGUCUGUGCCAUGAAAGCAGAUGAAGGUCCAUGCAAAGCAAUCCAUAUGCGCUAUUACUUCAAUAUUCAAAGCCAUGAGUGUGAAAUAUUUGAAUAUGGUGGAUGCCACGGCAAUGAAAACAACUUUCUAACACUGGAAGAAUGUCAGAAGAAGUGUGUGGUAACAGCCACAGCAAGGGAAAGAAUAAAAUUACUUCAGAAGAGGAUGUUGACAAAAAUUAAGAAAGAAAAGCCCAACUUCUGCUUUCAUGAGAAAGACCCUGGAAUUUGCCGAGGCUAUUUUUCCAGGUACUUCUAUAACAAAGAGACAAAGUUAUGUGAAGUAUUCAAGUACGGUGGGUGCCUAGGAAACCAGAACAACUUCAAGAAUUUGGAAGAAUGCCAGACUACCUGCCAAGGCAACUCAUAUUUAUUGCCAAUUGUUCCAACUGAAGAGCGCCCUAACAGCAGUUCCCCGGUAGAAGAACCCAACCAGUUCCCUGGGAUUUUUGUAAAUUUGUUGCCAACUGCACCAAAUGAGAAGUCAAACACUCUGAACAGUAGUUCCCCAAAAGAGAAGCGCAACCAGUUUCCCAUUUUCUUUGAACCAUCCCCUCUCCCUUCUUUGUGUAUGACCCCUAUGGAAAGAGGACUUUGUAGAGCCAAAGAGUUAAGAUUUUUCUACAACUUCUCAACUGGAAGAUGUCACACAUUUAGCUACAGUGGUUGUGGUGGGAAUGAAAAUAAUUUCACUUCCAGAAAGUCAUGUUUGAGGAUCUGCAAGAAAGGAUUCAAUAAAAAAAAAGGUGAAAGAAGAUUAAUAAAAAUCAAGAAGAAAAGAAAGAAAGAGUCAGUAAAGCCUCUGGGAGGGGAAAUCAACCCUGAAAGAAUACAGCUUUGAUUUUGAUGGAACUGUGAACUGAAUGUAAUUUUUGUGGAAAUGUAAACUACUAUUCACCUGUGAAUGAAAGCCUUUAGUGUACACCUUUUAAAUGUAUUUACUGUACUUAUUAUUUUGAUUACACUAUUAUUAAACUGCUUGUUUUUCUUAUGUAUUCCUCAUUCAUGUUAAUAAACAUAACCUUCUACUUUGAUAAAGUCUUGAAUUGUAGUUCAAUUAUAUAUACUUGUCAGAGGUGGAAACACGACAGAACAGACUGUGUGGGUGUAUAACUCAUGAUUAAGAAGCAGACAAGAUUCCAAUUUACUUUAUCCUAGUAUUCUUUUUUUGAAAUCUAUUUUUGUGCUAAAGAAAGCAGAAGGCUUGUCAAAGAAUAACCACUUGUCAAGCAUGAUAGUUUCAAUUGUAGAUUAAAAGAUAGAUCUGUUGCUAUAAAUAAGAAAUAGGCACUGGGUUUGUUUUAAUAAGAUUUAUUUUAGGUUAUGCAAGCUAGAUUUAACUCCACCAAAGUGCAUAUAACUACACUAUUGUAAAAUGAGUAUGAGAUCAGAAUUAACCCAUCAAAACCCAUAAGAGUGUUAAAGUUGUAAAUGUGUAAAACAAUGACAGAUAUUUGCAAAGAUUUAAAUGUGUAUUUGUUGGGAUCAUUGAUUUUUAUCCUUGCUACUGAACUGGACACAUGGCUAGCAAGUUAAUAAUUUACAGAAAUGCAUACCAAAUUUUUACAAAGCCCAGAAAAAAUUGUCUUCAUAGAAAUAAAUACAGUUGCUUUAGAGAUAA